GUAAUGCUCCGUGCGGUGAUCGGCAAGUAAAGAUCUGCGCAGGUCUUUCCGAUAUCUUAUAUCCCGGUGGCACGCUCGGGGAAAAUUCGUGUAUCGUGUGUGCACCUUUGCCGUUGCUGUACGCGCCCGCGGUCACGUUACAUUCUACGCGGAUAACAUUUACGUUUAUUAUGUUGAUCGACACGUCGGAUUCGUGCCAUCUUCGCGGUUGCAGUAUACGCUUCGACGAGAAUCCCAGCAGCGAUCCAAUGCUGUUGGGCUUGUCAAAGUUUAUUCUGUAGGCGCAUCUAAUCUCGAAAUUUUAUUAGAGAAAUACGUGAGGGGAAAUUCGUUAUCAGAAGAAAGCGGUUAAGAAUAGAGACCUUUCACAGAAUAGAGACAACUCAACGAUCAUUCCGACAAAAAAAGCAACGAACGACACGAAUAGAAAUCCUGAGAUAACUUAUGCAUUACUUGACCAUGAUUGGCGCCAUCGUUUCUAUCCCUUUCAUUCUGACGCCAGCUCUCUGUAUGGCCGAAGAUGACCCCGCAAGGAGUCAUAUUAUUUCUACCAUGAUCUUUGUUACUGGUUUAGUGACGUUUAUUCAAACUACCAUAGGAUGUAGAUUGCCGUUGGUGCAGGGUGGUACCAUAUCAUUCUUGGUGCCAACUCUGGCGAUAUUGAAUCUACCGCAGUGGCAGUGCCCCGCACCGGAAGUUCUCGAGCAAAUGUCCCACGAAAACCGAACCGAGCUCUGGCAAAUCCGAAUGAGAGAACUGUCAGGUGCCAUCGCUGUUUCCGCCUUGUUCCAAGUGAUCAUUGGAUUUGGUGGUAUCAUCGGAUAUUUGUUGAAAUUUAUAACUCCGUUGACAAUUGUGCCAACGGUUUCACUAGUUGGACUAUCCCUCUUCGAAAACGCAGCGGAUGCCGCGUCUCAGCACUGGGGCAUUGCAACUGGAACAAUAAUACUACUGACGACAUGUUCUCAAAUAAUAGUCAACAUUCCAUUUCCGUUUCUUAUAUACCGCAAAGGCCACGGACUUCGCGUUAUUUGGUUCGAAUUAUUCAAACUCUUUCCAGUUUUGCUGACGAUAGUUGUCAUGUGGAUAAUCUGCACCAUAUUAACAGUGACCGAUACGCUACCGUUUGGUCAUCCCGCCAGAUCGGAUAGCAAAUUGAGAAUUAUAAGCGACUCACCCUGGUUUCGGGUACCGUAUCCUGGACAGUGGGGCAUACCCACCGUAACAUUGUCAGGAGUACUUGGUAUGCUAGCUGGAGUAUUAGCGUGUACUGUCGAGUCCAUCAGUUACUAUCCGACUACCGCGAGAAUGUGUGGAGCUCCGCCGCCACCGGUUCACGCGAUCAACCGUGGUAUCGGUAUAGAAGGUCUGGGUACGAUACUAGCCGGACUUUGGGGUAGCGGCAAUGGCACAAAUACAUUCGGCGAGAAUGUCGGCACGAUAGGGGUCACCAAAGUCGGCAGCCGCAGAGUCAUACAAUGGGCGUGCUUCCUGAUGCUCCUGCAAGGUGUAAUCAGCAAAUUCGGUGCGGUAUUCAUCAUAAUUCCCGAGCCGAUAGUUGGUGGAAUAUUCUGCGUGAUGUUUGGAAUGAUUUGUGCUUUCGGUCUGUCGGCAUUACAAUAUGUUAAUCUCAAUUCCUCGAGAAACUUAUUCAUUCUGGGCUUGUCCAUGUUUUUCCCUUUGGUCCUGUCAAAGUGGCUGAUUAAAUAUCCGGACUCAAUACAAACAGGAAGUGCCGUAGUGGACAGCGUAUUCACCGUAUUACUCAGCACUACUAUUCUAGUAGGUGGUGCAUUAGGCUGUUUACUGGAUAACAUUAUCCCAGGUAACGCAAAAGAUCGCGGAUUGGAGGCUUGGGCAAAAGAAAUGGAAUUGACUAAUGGGGCGAUCGAUAAAAAAACUAACGAAGCGUCUGAUGCUGAGUACGUCCAGAAUACCUUUGACUUUCCAUUCGGAAUGAGUCUGCUGAGAAGAUGGAAAUGGACAUCAUAUGUGCCGUUUUUACCUACUUACCAAAAAUUAUAAAUGCGUUAAAAUUAAAUAACACAAUUACCUCAUGUACAUACACCUGAUCUAUCGUAAGAUAUGAUCUUUAAUUGAAAAAAUGUGAUAUGUAAAAAAUUGAUAAAUGUGAUACCACAAUGUUAUACAAAAUUUUAUAACACAUAAUUACUACUUCCAGUCUUAAUUUUAGACAUUGCUUCGUCAAAUCAUUAUGAAUGAUAACAAUUUCAGGCAUGAAGGUC